AUGGUCGGGAAUGAUAGGGCGGAUCGCAGGAGGCGCAAUCCUAGUGAUGGCGAUGAUGAUGGUACUGAGAGGGGGAGGAAGAGGAGGGGAGGAAGAGGUGGUGGAAGAGGUGGUGGUAAGAGUGGCAGUGGCAGUGGCAGUGGUAGAUGUAAUAGAGGUGAUGGCGGUGGCGGUGGUGGUGGUGGUGGUGGUGGUGGUGGUGCCAGUGCUGCUAGUGAUGGUGAUGGUGAUGGUAAUGACGAUGACGAUGGCGGCGAUGUGUGGUGUUGUUGGAGUUGUUUGGGUGCCGGGUGUUGUUGGCGGGACAACAUCCCCGUUCUUGGAGUCUACGUUCUUCUCCCAUCCACGACGAAUAAUAACCACGACCACGACCACGACCACGACCACGGCUGCAGGCGCUCGAUCAUGGCCAAAGAUGACUACGCCACUGCUGGCGGCCCUUUACGUCUUAAGGGCUCUAGUGGUGUCGUAAAGCAUAAAUCAAGGAAGAAGACCAAACCUUCGAAACAAUUAAAGCCUAAGGACAUCUCCCAGCAAAACAUCAAGAACCUCCCUGAAAAUGACGACCAAGGACCAAGCACAUACACAAUUCAGCAGGAAAUGCCCCAACAAAGAAAACACAAAACAGAGGCCGAGCGGAAGUUUGAAGAAGCACGUAAGAAAAAGCUCGACCAGCUCCUGUUGAAAGACGCCGCGAAAUCACACAAGGAACGAGUUGAAGAGUUUAAUAAGUACCUAUCAAACCUAAGUGAGCAUCACGACAUGCCUAGAAUUGGACCGGGUUAA